GGAAGUGAGGGAUCUUUGGAGAGUGGCAGGAAGCGCCCAGCCCAGCCCGCUCUGUACCUGCUAUGCCUGGAAAAUAUCAAGGGCAAGUGAAUCCGUGGAAUGGGGACGGUGCCGCCGGCAGCAGCCAGCGAGCCCGAGCUCCCCUGAGUAGCCGAAGCGGAGCCCGAACCGAGCCCCGGGGGGGCUGCAGGAUGCACCCCCCCCUUUGGAUGCUUUUAAGGCAGCAGCAGCCAAAUUAAGGCGAAGUGUGAAGAUCCCCCUCCCCCAGCGGCAGCCUGAGCUCCUGCCCCCCCGGCGAUCAGUGAAAUGCUCCAGGAGAAGGGCCUGUCUGAAACGGAAGAAGGGUUUCCAGCAGCCCAGGCACCUGGUCAUGCCGAAUCCACCGCGGGCUCCCCGGUUCUUGGAGUGGCAGGAAUCGGCAGCACUCCGCUGAGCAGUCCGCAGGGCCAGGAUCCGGAGCAGACAAUAGAAAACAUCAAAGUCUAUCUCCACGAGAAGGAACUAUGGAAGAAGUUUCAUGAAGCUGGCACCGAAAUGAUAAUAACCAAAGCAGGCAGGAGGAUGUUUCCGAGCUACAAAAUUAAGGUAACCGGGAUGAACCCCAAGACCAAGUACAUCUUGUUGAUUGACAUUGUCCCAGCUGAUGAUCACCGAUACAAAUUUUGUGACAACAAAUGGAUGGUGGCUGGGAAAGCGGAGCCCGCAAUGCCUGGGCGGUUAUAUGUUCAUCCGGACUCGCCCGCCACCGGAGCUCACUGGAUGCGGCAGCUGGUGUCGUUUCAGAAGCUAAAGCUCACUAACAAUCACCUCGAUCCGUUCGGACACAUUAUUCUUAAUUCAAUGCAUAAAUACCAGCCGAGACUGCACAUUGUGAAAGCAGAUGAAAACAACGCCUUUGGGUCCAAGAACACAGCGUUCUGCACACAUGUGUUUCCAGAGACAUCCUUUAUAUCGGUGACCUCCUAUCAGAAUCACAAGAUAACCCAGCUGAAAAUUGAAAACAACCCAUUUGCCAAGGGAUUCAGGGGAAGCGAUGACAGCGAUUUGCGUGUGGCACGGCUACAAAGCAAAGAAUAUCCAGUGAUUUCCAAAAGCAUCAUGAGGCAGAGGUUGGUUUCCACUCAUGGCCAGCUUUCAACAAAAACAGAUGUCAACCCACUCCAUGGGAAUCACCAGACCCUUCAGCAUUAUCAGUAUGAGAAUGGUGCUCAUAUGCCGUUUGCUGCUUCCGAUACUCAAGAUCUACCACUCAACACCUUCACAGCACAGAGAGAUUCAGGGCUCUUUUAUCACUGCCUGAAAAGAAGAGAAAGUGCUCGGCAUUUAGACCUGCCCUGCAAACGCUCCUAUCUGGAAGCCUCCUCAGCUGUAGGAGAAGAUCAUUAUUUUCGUUCGCCACCUCCAUAUGACCAGCAGAUGUUAAGUCCUUCCUAUUGCAGUGAGGUGACACCUAGGGAAGCUUGUAUGUACUCAGGUUCUGGGGCUGAAAUCGCAGGUGUCUCAACAGUCGAUGACUUGCCGCCUCCUCCCCCUCCCCCUUUGAGCUGCAAUAUGUGGACUUCUGUUGCACCUUACACCAGCUACAGCGUUCAGACAAUGGAAACUGUGCCUUAUCAGCCUUUCCCUGCUCAUUUUACAACCACCACCAUGAUGCCAAGACUCCCCUCUAUCACAAGUCAAAGCUCACAACCACCAGGUAAUAGCCCCUUCAGUGUCUACAAUCAACUGUCCCAGUCUCAGGUUCGGGAGCGAGUUCCUCCUUCAUCCUUCCCGAGGGAAAGAGUGCACCCAUCUGUUUGCGAGAGGAAGCCCCCAUCUCCGCACUUAAACACAGCAAACGAAUUUCUGUACUCACAAAGCUUUUCACUCUCGAGGGAAUCUUCAUUACCGUACCAUUCAGGAAUGGGGACUGUGGAAAACUGGACUGAUGGAUGAUUCUACUAUCUAAGUAACAAAACAGCUAGUGUUACUGCUCCUGAACAAUGUUACUUCAGUGUUAAUUCCUGUGGGUAACUUGCACUUCAGUGAAACCUACACACAUGUACAUUUCCAAAGGGGGUGUGUGUGUAUGAGGCGUUUGUAUCUUUACACAUAGACAAUUCUGUACAAAGUAACUCUUGGCUCAAUGGCCUGGAUUCAUCAAUCUCUUCUAAAUUAAUUCAGUCCUACUAGCCCUCUAAGGACCGUCCGAAUUACUAAAAUGUGACAUGGCUGGUCCUUUUCCUUUGUUUAAAACAGCAGAUUUUUGGGGAAAUUAUUACCCUUAGUUUAUGGGGCUUAUAACAAUUAAAGACAAAACCAUCAAUUGUAAUCCAAUGUCUGCACGUCAUAGCUCUUUUCAUCUAGGACUGUUUCUAUCCUCAGCAGUGGAUAAGCAUUAUUAGCCCACUUAUAGCUGGGGAAGCAGAAUCUCAGUGAAGUGACUUGCCCUGAGGCUGCAUACGUAAGAAGCCAAUUGGAGAACUAGGAACAGAACCCAUGUCAUCGGCUUCUUGGUUCUGUUUCUCCCAGACACUGCACCAUAAUGGCUUGAGAUUUGUCCAGUCUAGUUUUAAAUGGCUUUAGAAAUGGGGUUUCCACCAUUCCCACUAUUUCACAGUGUAAUAGCCUCUAAAUAGGUGGGGAGGGAUAGCUCAGUGGUUUGAGCAUUGGCCUGCUAAACCCAGGGUUGGGAGUUCAAUCCUUGAGGGAUCUGGGGAUUGGUCCUGCUUUGAGGAUGGGGUUGGACUAGAUGACCUCCUGAGGUCCCUUCCAACCCUAAUAUUCUAUUAAAAAAACAACUAAUUUUAUUUGCACUGAACUGAAGGGAGUUGUUUUCAGGACAGUGGAGACAGUGAACCAAUUCCCCCCCCCCCACACACACACAUUUUAAUUCAAGUAUCAGUGGAGGUGUGAAAAGCUGUGACCAAUAUAUUUGUUGCUAAUAUUUUUACUGUGGAAUUAUUUCCAGGUGACAAAUGGAAGGAUACCUCCUUCAAUUAUCAAAGGCCUGCAAGAAUUCAUUCAUCCAAACAAACAAAAAACCCAGCCAUUACGAGACAUGGACACUUAGGGGGGAAAUUCUGCAUUCUUUAUUAAACAAAACUCCCACUGAUUUCAACUGAAUAGUUUUAUUGGGAAGGAAUUGCAUCUUUUUCUAUGUAUAUACACCACAUUAGGUCUCCAGUCCUAUGCAGGACCACCAGCUGUUACUGUAGAACAAAUAGAAGGAUACAUAAAAAUAAUAGUGGGAGUUUGGUUCAAUUAAGUACGCAAUUUGGUCCUGUUUGCCAAGCAAUCAAUGAAUAGGUGGAGGGCUAAAGAAAUAAAAAAAAUUGAAGUCACUUCUGCUCUUUGCUGAAUCCAUUCCAAUGAGGAGAGAUUGAUGAAGAUGUUUAAGCUAGACAAGCCUGAGGGCACUGAAGUGAAGGUUAUUUUUAGCCAGGACAUUCAUAUAUACCGUAUUCAACAGACAGUAUGUGUGGAUUUUGUAAUCAGAUUUGGGAAAUCACUACAAUUUUUGCAUGCUGAAUAGCUAUUUAUAUAUAUAAAAAUAUAUAUCACAAAUGCAGGCCACCUGUCCAAUUCAGCUUUGCUUUUUACAAAUGAAAUACUUAAUAAAAAUGAAUGUUGAAAGGG